AUGUUGAGCGUCUCUCGUCUUGUUGCAAUUUUGCUUAUCGCGAUUUUCGCUGUCGCUUUGGCUGCUCCACGACAAUUUGUGAUGGGUUUCGGUAAACGAUCGGUUGCGUCUUUUGAAGAUGAUGUUGCGGAAGGAUCACCAAAAUUGAAGAGAUACAAGGUUAGCACAUUUUUUCUUUGUAUAAAAUAAUUCUUGAAAUGUUUUUCAGACAAAAGGAUUCGCAAUGGGAUUUGGAAAACGUGGACAAAUCCGUGGAUUCAAUAUGGGAUUCGGAAAACGAUCUGGAAAUGAUUUGGUCGAGCCAUCAUACGAUGAUCUUUCUCAAUACUUCUAA